CAACGACUAUCCCCGGAGCAUUCAUGAUAGAAUACGCUGAUGGAACCGAUUCCAUAAUUCAACAGCACAAUCGUUUACUAUCCUCACUCGGUCCACUCUCGCAACUACUACAAAUACGUCAAACAUAUUCCUCCCCGCUGUUUCAUGGGGUCUCCAUCAACCUCCGGGACAACAACAACAACGACCCACCUUCUACCAUUGUUGAUACUGUCGUCAACAAAGCUACCAUUGGACCCCACCAUCCCGUAUUAUUCGAACAAUUAAUCCGUAGUCCAGAUGUCCUCAACAUUUAUCCCAUCAUGCAAGUGCCGCAACCUCAAUGGAUAGAAGAGGAGGAGGAUAAUGUCCAUUUGCCAUACGAAAAUAAACUGAGCCAGCUCAAGGAUAUCCAUCAAUCACUGAACAUUACCGGAUCGGGUAUCACUGUAGGCAUCCUUGAUUCAGGUUCGGUCUACACUAUAACUGCCAUGUUUCAAUCAAAAAACCAUAAAGGCUAUAGAAAAUAAUAACGGUGACAUUAUCUUUUAUGUGCAGGUGUUGAUUAUGACCAUCCUGCGUUGGGUGGAGGCUUCGGGGAUGGCUUCAAGAUUCGAUUCGGGUACAAUUUGGUCGAUCCGGAUAAAGACGAUCAAGAUGCAGGAACACAUCGCGCUCCUAAUGACCCAUAUGAUGUUUGUCUGGGCAACAUUGGUGGUACGUUUGCGCUCUACUGCAAUUUAAAAGGCGGAUGCUAACAGUUUAUCAAACCUCCUGUCUUAUUAUAGGACAUGGAACUCAUGUGUCUGGAAUCAUUGCCGGCGUUGAUCCAAGCAAGGUAUUCAAGCGUUUGUUUUGUGCGGGUUGAAGUUAAGCAGGGAAAGUUU